AUGGGGUUCAUCAACGAGUACAAGGACGUGCAGGCCCACGGCAACACCAUGUUGCGCGUGAUCCACACAAAUGACAAGAAGCACAUGGCAACCUCCCUCGAGCAGUACGAGCGCCAUCUCGGACUCCAGCACCACAAGAUCAUCAGAAUCGAUCCGAAGUACACCAACGAGCCCCACGAGACGCAGAAACCCGCCGUUGCCCAACUCUCCCUCGGUAAGACACAGCUGAUAUUGCUCUUCCAACUGAGCGCUACUGUAAGGUGCACCAUCUUUGACAACUUCCUCGUCGACCCCAGGUACACAUUUGUUGGCUUCUCCAUCAACCGCGACAAAACCAGGCUCAAGCACGUCAAAUUGGAAGUGACCAACUUCAUCGACAUCCAGAAGGAAUGGAGGGUGCCCGAGACCACCAAGGAGUUGGACUCCCUUGCGGACGUCGCAUGCAUGCUCAUCGACGACUACUACAAAGACAUGAAGGAGAAGAUCACCGACGAAGAGCACAGGUGCUGGGGCUCCCUACCCCUAUCCAAGAGGCACAUCGGGUACGCGGCAAAAGACGCAUACACAACGUAUGAGAUAUGGAACCGCAUCACCCUCACCUAG